AUGACGAGUCUAUACAAAUUACUCCCCAAAGGGAUUGAAGAGGUCGAUGUGAUCAUUGCGGGAGGAGGCACGGCUGGCUGCAUUGUUGCCGCAAGACUGGCGGAUGCAGACUCGAACCUUUCCAUUCUCGUUGUCGAAAGUGGCCGCGACAAUUAUGAGUCGCCGACCGUUAUUCACCCUGCUCUUUGGCGAGGGAACCACGUUCCCAGCGACCCCAAAGUCUACGUCCACAAGUCUGCCAAAGAAAAGCAACUUGGAGGUAGAGAAUCGUUGAUUCAAGUCGGAAACACGCUAGGCGGUGGGUCGUCUAUUAACUUGAUGAUGUAUGUUCGAGCUCAAAAGUGCGAUUUCGACUCGUGGAAUAUGGAGGGCUGGCGCAGUGAGGAGAUGGGACAUUAUAUGAGAAAGGUCGAGACGUACCAUGGCACUGGUACCGAGAAUAAACACGGGGUUGAUGGCCCCAUCCAUGUGUCCAAAGGACCUUUCCGCUCUACAGAAUCUGAGGAGGACUUCAUCAACGCAAUGAUGCAAGUCGGCUACCCUAGAGUAGAAGACCUGCAAGACUUGAAGUCCAUCGGAGUGGAAAGCAUACGAAAGUAUGUGUCCUCAGAUGGUCGAAGACAGGAUACUGCGCAUGCUUAUUUGCACCCUCGACUACGAGAUGGGAAGCAUCCUGGUCUGCAUGUACUCGUCGAGACCCAGGUUAUACGUGUCAUGUUCGAUGAGGACCUAAGAGCGUCAGCAGUUGAGUUGCGGCCGAAUCCAGCCUUCCAGCCAGAUCGCGCCGAUGACCCCGCGCGCGUUGUCAAAGCGAGAAAGCUUGUUGUCCUUUCAUGCGGCACACUUGGAACUCCCUCGGUGCUUGAAAGAUCGGGAGUAGGACAGGCGGAAGUCCUCGAAAACGCAGGUGUGCCGCUGGUUACAAAUCUUCCCGGUGUUGGUCAUGAUUAUCAGGAUCACCACCUUACCAUGUCCUGCUACAAAUCAAAUCUCCCUUCCGGAACCACAACUGAUGACAUACAUGGCGGUUAUGCAGACAUUCCGAAAUUACUCAGUAAUCAAGAUCCUAUUUUAGGCUGGAAUGGGAUUGAUGCAUCCUCUAAGAUUCGACCAAUGGACGCCGAGGUGGAGCGCCUUGGUGAUAAGUUCAAACAGUGUUGGGACGAGGACUUCGAAAAGGUGGAAAAUAAACCCCUGGUGUCGUUGAUAUUUGUGGCAGGUCUUCUUGGUGAUCGCGGCGACAUUCCACAGGGACAAUACUUUUCCAUGGCGCCUUUUACGGCAUACCCCUAUUCUCGGGGCCAUGUUCAUAUCACCGGGCGCAGCAUAGAUGACCGCCUCGACUUUGUGACAGGCUUCCUCACAGACAAGUCUGGCUUUGAUUUGAAAACCCAGACCUGGGCGUACAAAAAGCAACGCGAAGUUGCACGGCGUAUGCGGAUCUAUGAGGGUGAGGUGUCUCAUCGCCACCCGUAUUUCCCCCCAGGGUCUACAGCUGCAUACAAUGGGGACAUUGAAACCAUCGAAGAAUCAGCUUCAACCAUGAAGGACAUCGUUUACGCACCCGCGGAUGACAAGAUCAUCGAAGAUUGGAUUAGGAUGAAUUUGACCACGUGCUGGCACGGAAUUGGUACAUGCAAGAUGGCGCCCCUGAGCAGCCUUGGUGUGGUUGAUGAAAACCUUGGGGUCCAUGGUGUGCAGGCACUAAAGAUCGCCGAUCUGAGUGUGAUACCCGAGAAUGUUGGCUCAAACACUAUGAACACAGCAUUGAUAAUUGGAGAAAAGGCUGCCGAUAUUAUCACCCGUGAGUUGGGUCUUCGGCAGUAA